UGCGCGCUCCCGGGCCUCUCCCACCGCGCCUUCCUCGACCUCCCCGCGCCGCCUUCCCCCGCCGCGUGGUCCUCCCUCAUCUCCUCCUUCGCCCAGAACGGCCUCCCCACCGCCGCAUUCGACGUGUUCCGCCGCAUGCUCGCGGCGGGUGUCCCUGCCACCGACCGCUCCAUCCCCUCGGCCGCGAAGGCCGUCGCCGCUGCCGUGGCCUCGUCGCGCCCUCCGCUCGCCCCGCAUGCGCUCCACGGCCUCGCCGCCAAGACGCCCUUCGCUGGAGACGUGUUUGUUGGGUCUGCGGUUCUCGACAUGUAUGCCAAGUGCGGCCACCUUGCAGACGCCCGCCGACUGUUCGAUGAAAUGCCGGAGAGGAAUGUUGUCUCAUGGUCCGCACUCAUCUGCGGGUACAGUGAUGCUGGGAUGCAUCCUGCAGCACUGGGGAUCUUCCGCUUAGCACUUGAGGAGGCUGUGCCGGUGAAUGACUUCACAGUUUCGUGCAUCAUUCGUGUAUGUGCUGCCGCAACGCUCUUUGAACUCGGUGCCCAGGUGCAUGCCCGGGCUAUAAAGACAUCACUUGAUGUGUCUCCCUUUGUGGCUAGUUCACUUGUUUCUCUCUACUCAAAGUGUGGCCUUGUCAAGUGUGCUUACCGGGUGUUCAAUGAAGCGCCUGAGAGGAACCUUGGGAUUUGGAAUGCAGUGCUCAUUGCAUCUGCUCAGCAUGGGCAUACUACUGCAGCAUUCAAGCGGUUUAUGGAGAUGCAGAAUGCUGGAUUCCGGCCCAAUUUCAUUACCUUCCUGUGCUUGCUCACUGCUUGUAGCCACGCUGGGCUCGUUGAUGAGGGGAAGCGAUAUUUUGCCCUCAUGAAAGAGUACGGCAUUGAACCACAGGUUGAACAUUUUGCUUCAAUGGUUGACCUACUUGGACGUGUGGGACGUAUAAAAGAAGCACUUGACCUUAUUGAUUCCAUGCCCAUGGAUCCACCUGAUUCUGUCUGGGGUGCACUCCUCAUGGCAUGCCGUAUGUUUAAGGAUGCUGACACUGCAGAAAUUGCUGCGAAGAGGCUCUUUGAGACAGGCUCCCGCAGCUCUGGCGCGCACAUGCUCUUGUCAAGCACAUAUGCAGCUGCAGGAAGGCAUGUUGAUGCCGCACUUGCUAGAAAAGCAAUGCGUGAUGCUGGUAUAAGGAAAGAAACUGGACUUAGCUGGCUAGAGGCUGCAGGGGAGGUUCAUACCUUUGUGUCAAACUGCAGGAGACACCAAAGAAGUGAGGAAAUUUACGAGGUGCUAGAGAAAGUUGGCGAGAAGAUGGAGGCAGAUGGUUAUGUGGCAGACACUAGUGCAGUGGUUAAGGAUGUGGAUGGGGAUGAGAAGCGAGCAACAGUGAGAUAUCAUAGCGAAAGGCUGGCAAUAGGGUUAGGACUUCUGAUUGUUCCAGAAGGUGUGCCUAUCCGAGUCAUGAAGAACUUGCGUGUGUGUGAUGAUUGCCACAAUGCAAUUAAAUAUCUCACUAAGUCCUUAUUUGAUCCGUGCAAGCUUCUCUAUGCUUCCAAAUCCAGAAUGGAUGUUGCUCAAGUUGGGUGGUAUAUUGGUAGAAUGAGCUCAAUAAGAGGGAUUGGGAAAAUUGCCAAGAGAUGGAGAGAACUCAAUGGAGUGAAUUAUUGGAAGGGGCUACUUGAUCCCCUUGACCUCGAACUCCGGAGGAAUAUCAUCAACUAUGGUGAGCUCUCCCAGGCAGCCUAUACUGGGCUAAACACAGAGAGAAGAUCAAGGUAUGCUGGGUCUUGCCUCUUCAACCGCAAGGACUUCCUCAGCAGGGUGGAUGUAUCAAACCCAGAUUUUUAUGAGAUUACAAAGUUCAUAUAUGCAAUGUGUACAGUCAGCUUGCCUGAUGGAUUCAUGGUGAAGUCGCUGUCAAAGGCCGCAUGGAGCAGGCAGUCAAAUUGGAUGGGGUUUGUUGCAGUAGCUACAGAUGAGGGUAAGGAAGUGCUCGGGAGGCGGGAUGUGGUGGUGGCAUGGCGUGGGACAAUACGGAUGGUGGAGUGGAUGGAUGACCUUGACAUUUCCUUGGUGCCUGCUUCAGAAAUUGUUCUGCCAGGCAGUGGCGCUAACCCCUGCGUGCAUGGAGGGUGGCUUUCCGUCUACACAAGCGCUGAUCCAGGGUCACAAUACAACAAAGAGAGUGCAAGAUAUCAGGUGUUGAACGAGAUCCAAAGGCUACAGGAUUUAUACAAGAACGAGGAGACUAGCAUCACCAUAACAGGUCACAGCCUUGGCGCAGCACUUGCCACCAUCAACGCCAUUGACAUCGUCUCCAAUGGCUACAACAAGAGCUGCCCCGUGUCCGCCUUUGUCUUUGGAAGCCCUAGAGUCGGCAACCCUGAUUUUCAGAAAGCAUUUGACAGUGCAACAGAACUGAGAUUGCUCCGAGUCCGAAACUCUCCUGAUGUGGUCCCAAAAUGGCCAAAGCUAGGAUACAGUGAUGUCGGCACGGAGCUACUGAUCGACACAGGUGAAUCACCCUACCUGAAGGCUCCUGGAAACCCCUUAACAUGGCAUGACAUGGAGUGCUACAUGCACGGGGUUGCAGGGGCACAGGGGAGCAAUGGAGGGUUCAAGUUGGUGGUUGAUCGAGACAUUGCUUUAGUGAAUAAACACGAAGAUGCACUGAAGAAUGAAUAUUCAAUUCCAACCUCUUGGUGGGUGGUACAGAACAAAGGUAUGGUGAAAGGAAAGGAUGGUCAGUGGCAUCUGGCCGACCAUGAGGAUGAUGAUGACUGAUGUAACCUGGCAGAUCAUCUUGCCAGUUGGAUACGAGCUAAAUUGUGCAGUUUAGCUCAUCCAGUUCUGUCAUUAGGACAACAAAUUACAAUUAAGAGCUCAAAAGGUAAAAUUAAAACAGAGGGAACUACUACUUUGUGUGUUCGUAGCUAUUUGACAGUGAAGAAAUGCAUGUCAUUAUGUUUAAAAUUGUAUUUUGACAAACUGCUGUGUUCCAAAUUGUAAUAAAGUCUCAAAUCUGUUGAGCAGUGAAUCUUUGUCAAGAGAGACAAAGUUGAUCUA